CUACACUUUUUACAGUUCAAGUGUAUUCAUCGAUAUAUAUCAGUGUUAUGUGAUUUUUAUACGUUAAUAGCCCUAUAAAUAUAUAAACAAAACAAAAUGCGAGUUAAUAACUUGCUGAGAUUCCGCACCACUUCUCUGCAAAGGUGCAGCAUCAAGCAGCAAUAUGUGCCGGAGCACAAGCCUGCGCUGGACGAUGAUAUAAAGCGGCUGGAGGAUUUUUUGCUCUCGAAACCAAAUGUUGUAGUAUUGACCGGGGCUGGAAUUUCAACUGAAUCAGGUAUACCCGACUACCGUUCCGAGGGUGUUGGCCUUUACGCCCGUACCAACCACAAACCCAUACAGCACAUGGAGUUCCUAAAAUCCUCUAACGUACGCAGACGCUACUGGGCGCGCAACUUUGUGGGCUGGCCUAGUUUCUCUAGUAAACAGGCCAAUGCGACACACCACGCUCUGUCUCGCUUCGAGCGCGAACUGCGCAUUCAGUCUGUGGUCACCCAGAAUGUCGAUCGUCUUCACACCAAGGCUGGCACCAAGAACGUGGUAGAACUUCAUGGUAGUGGUUACGUGGUAAAGUGCCUGUCUUGCGAGUAUAGCACUGAUCGUCAUGAGUUUCAGAACAUAUUGGCCUCCCUAAAUUCGACGUUCAGCAAUGCGCUUGAAAUGAUCCGCCCCGAUGGUGAUGUGGAGAUUCCUCUCGAUUACAUAGAAAACUUCCAAAUACCUGACUGCCCGCAGUGCUGUGGCGAUCUCAAGCCAGACAUUGUGUUCUUCGGUGACUGCGUGCCCAAGCAGCGCAUCGAUCAGAUCGCUAAAAUGGUGUACAAUAGCGACGGAUUGCUGGUGCUUGGUUCUAGUCUGCUGGUUUUUUCCGGCUACCGCAUCGUUCUGCAGACGAAGGACCUCAAGUUGCCGGUGGCGAUUGUAAACAUUGGAGACACACGGGCCGACCACUUGGCCGACAUCAAAAUUUCGGCAAAAUGCGGCGAUGUGAUACCCAAACUGUUUGACUUUCGCAAGAGCGGCUCGGCCAAGAGCACUAGCUAGAAUAUGUUCUACCCGCCGCCACAAUAAGCUUAGAAGGUUUUUUUUUGUGACAGGGACACUGCUAUAGUAUCAAAAAAGUUGUAUGUACAUAUGUAUUUACCCCGAAAAAUUACAACACCUUUAUGUUU